AUGAGCUAAGAGAAAAUUAGAAGAUAUAAGUUAAAUGUGUUUUAAGUACAGAAAAACAAAGUGAAAUCUGAAGAUAGGGUUAUUGUAAACACAUCGACAAAUUUCAAAGCACUCUCUCCAUAGCAAUCUCCUAAAAUUAAAUAAAUUGUCAAUCGUACCCAAUUAGAGCUCGAAAGAUCGAAAUCCUCGCAUCGAAUGGAAAAUAUAAUAAUACAAAUCAAAAAGAAUGUACCCAAGAAUAAUAUCAACAUACCAAAUACCAGUAAAGACUUCUUUAAGGAGAGUACUUUCUCAAUUGAAGAAAAGAAGCAAGAGAUUAAUGUGCAGUUCUUGAGAUAAUGUAAGGCCAAUAACGCUAGAGCUUGUCUCUAAUUAUUAGAACCUACUAUUGUUCAUUAAGUUUGUAAGUUGAUGGGAUUAAUUUUAUAGUAAACAUUUCGCCCUUGAUACCAAUAAGUGCAGAUUUAAAGGCCAACAUCAAUUGUUAGGAUGGCAAUCUAAAUUCUGCUUUACAUAUAGCUGUGAAAAAUGGGAAUAUUUAAUUAGUUCAAGCAUUAAUUUACAAAUAAAUUAACUUGGAGAUCGAAAAUUCAGAAAAGAUGACUUCAUUAAUACUGGCUAGUUAUCAGUAAAAUAAUAUAUUUUAAUUUUAAAAAGUGGAAAUGUGGAGUUAUUUUAGAUCUUAAUUAUUGCAGGAGCCCAAGUUAAUCAUUAAGACAUUUAUGGUAACACAUCACUACAUUAUGCAUGUAAAUUCAACAACAAAGAAAUUGUAGCCAUUAUACUUAAACUCCGAAAUCUCAUAUUUAAGCCAAAUCAAGAUCAGAAGUAUCCUGACUAUUAUGUUCAUGAUACUGAGAUAUUGUAAUUAUUUACUUAAUUUCAAUUGGAACAUUCAAAAUAAAGUAAAAUAACUCACAAUUAAAUUUAGAAUAAAAAACAAAAGAGAUCAAGAUACAGAAUAUAUAAAUGGAAGACUAGUGUCGAUCAAAUCAAUUUUAGACUAAUAAAUGUAAAUUGCUAAACUGUCCUCUACACAAUUUGUCUCCUGAUACAAAGCAAAGAGUUCUUCAACUUAGCAAAAAUAUUAAGUAAGAGAAAAAAGGAAUUAUCAAUACUCCUUCUACUAUAGAUUCGAUGAAGUAGUCCAAAAAAGAAGAAAAAGUCUAUCCCCAACAGUUUCGUGUAUUGGGUUUGAUAGGUAAAGGUAGCUUCGGAAAGGUGUAUCUGGUUCAAAAGAACAAAAAGUAUUAUGCAAUGAAGGUACUUCUUAAGAAUAUGAUCUUCGGUAAUAAAUCAAUUAUAUGGAAGAACAAAACAUUUGUAGAUAUGCAAUAACUGAAAGAAAUGUCUUAUCUGUGACAUCCCACCCAUUCAUAGUGAAAUUAAGAUAUGCAUUUCAGACAGGGGACAAAUUAUUUAUGAUUUUGGAUUAUUGUCCUGGUGGAGAUCUGGGGAUGGUUCUUAAUAAAAUUAAAAGGUUUCCUGAGGAACUUGUAAAACUGUAUGCUUGUGAAAUAAUUUUGGCUUUGGAGGAUCUUCAUAAAAGAAACAUUAUAUUUCGUGACUUAAAACCUGACAAUAUCUUACUCGAUGCAGAAGGACAUGUGUUGUUAACUGAUUUUGGAUUGUCUAAGGAGGGAAUUCCUUUAUCAAAUCAAGGAGCAAAAUCCUUUUGUGGUUCUGUAGCCUAUUUGGCUCCGGAAAUGAUUAGGAGAUAGGAUCAUGGAAAAGCUGUGGACUGGUAUUUACUAGGAGUGGUAAUGUAUGAGUUGCUGACAGGGUUGCCACCUUAUUAUACGAAUGAUAGAGAGGCGUUAUUCUAUAAUAUAGAAAAUGCCAGUCUAAAAAUACCUUAAUUCAUUUCAAUUGAAUGCAGAAACUUACUAAGAUCAGUAAAAGUUUGUUGAAUACUUUAGUUGUUGGAGAGAAAUCCAGCUCGACGUUUGGGAUCAGGCUAGGGAGACUCUAUGGAAAUAAGAAGUCAUCCUUAUUUUGUGGAUAUAGAUUGGGAAGGAGUUUUGAAGAGACAACUUCAAAUGCCAAAACCAGAUUACAGUCUGAAGUUAAAACCAAUCGGAGAGUAGAAUAUUUUUGAUUUGCAAAGCUCAGUGGAAUUUGAGUAAUCGAAUGUGAAUGGAUGGUCUUAUGUUCAAACAGAAUGA